ACUGAAUGUAGAGCAACAGCUAAUCACUAGCGAUUAUGUUCACAGAACGGGGGUGGAAACGGGUAAAUAUUUAAAGAUUUACUCAACUGAUAUCUGAAGGACUAUAAAUUGACUCCAUUCCAUCCGAGCAGUCUCCCGUCAAGAGGACUUUGAUGGUGAAAAAAUGUGGGGAAAGAUUUAUUACAGUGUGUUCGCUGCCCUGCUGGUAGCAAUGGCCUGGGCUGCACCCCACGAUGACCAUGACCACGACGGCCACACAGCUGAUCACUACCACCAUCUCCACCACGGGAAGGAUGAAGCCCACCCACACCAUGAUGGGGAGCAUGGCUGCUCUCUGCUUGCUCAACACAACGCUGACUUCGCCUUCUCCCUCUACAAGAAACUUGCAUUACAUCCUGAUGCCGAGGGCAAGAAUAUUUUCUUCUCCCCAGUCAGUAUCUCAAUGGCUUUGAGCAUGCUUGCUGUAGGUGCCAAGGGCAGCACGCUUUCACAGAUAUACAGCAGUUUGGGUUACAGUGAGUUGCAGGCUUCACAGGUCAAUGAGGGUUAUGAACACUUGAUUCACAUGCUGGGCCACAGUCAGGAAGCAAUGCAGCUGGAGACAGGCGCUGGUGUGGCCGUCAGAGAAGACUUCAAAGUGGUUGACCAGUUCCUGAAGGACGUUCAGCACUACUAUAAGAGCGAAGCCUUCAAGGUUGACUUCUCCAAGCCUGAAAUUGCUGCAGAAGAGAUUAACAAGUUCAUCGCCAAGAAAACCCAUGACAAAAUAACCAACAUGGUGAAGGACCUGGACGCCGAUACGGUGAUGAUGCUGAUCAACUAUAUGUACUUUAGAGGGAAGUGGGAUAAACCAUUUGAUGCACAACUGACCCACAAAGCUGACUUCAAAGUGGACAAGGACACCACCGUGCAAGUUGAUAUGAUGAAAAGAACCGGUCGCUAUGAAAUCUAUCAAGACCCUGUCAACCAAACUACGGUUAUGAUGGUGCCCUACAAAGGCAAUACCUCCAUGAUGAUUGUUCUUCCUGAGGAAGAGAAGAUGAAGGAGGUUGAAGAAUCCAUCAGCAGACACCAUCUUAAGAGCUGGCAUGAUAAACUCUUCAGAAGCUCUGUUGACCUGUUUAUGCCCAAGUUCUCAAUCACUGCAACUUCCGAACUGAAAGGCAUUCUGCAGGACAUGGGAGUGACUGAUGCAUUCAGUGACGCAGCAGAUCUUUCUGGGAUGACAGAAGAGGUCAAAGUCAAGGUGUCACGGGUUGUCCAUAAGGCAGUCCUCAGCGUGGAUGAGAAGGGCACAGAGGCAGCGGCUGCAACCACAAUAGAAAUCAUGCCUAUGUCCCUGCCAGACUCUGUGAUACUCAACCGACCUUUCUUGGUACUGAUUGUAGAGGACACCACCAAGAGCAUCCUCUUCAUGGGCAAGAUCACCAAUCCAACAGUGUGAGGUCCAACUCCAAAAAGAACUUGCUGGCACUCUGCAUAAGGCUGCUAAUCAUUAUGUAGAUCUCCUCAUUGUAAACUGCAAUAAAAUGGUUUGAUUGAACUCUUAUAGCAAGAGUUUGAGUGUA